AUGUCCACGUCUCAAUACCGAGAUAUUUCCACCAUUGAUUCAGCUUCAUAUUCCUAUAUUUUUGAACAAAAUGUCUCUGUUCCCCUGCAAUCAGGUGGCGUCUUGCGCUGCAACGUAUAUCGACCCAAGGACGUCGACUCCAGUCGGAAAUACCCAGUGAUUGCUACGCUGGGGCCAUAUGGAAAAGACGUUCCAUAUUCAGUAUUCAAUCCAAAAAGUUUUGCCGAAUUACCUGAAGAACAUCAGACCGAACACUCAGCUUGGGAAACGCCAACUCCUGGGUAUUGGACAGCUCAAGGAUAUGUUGUCGUACGAGCCGACGAGCCAGGGAUCGGACAAUCACCGGGGGUUCUCGACUUUUUGUCCAAGACCACCGUCAAUGCCUUUUGCGACUUGAUCGAAUGGGCGGCCGAUCAACCUUGGUCCAGCGGCAAAGUUGGCCUACUUGGUAUAAGUUAUUACGCUGGCAUGCAAUGGCCAGUAGCGGCCCGGAAGCCUCGAGGAUUGGCUGCCAUUGUUCCGUGGGAAGGGUUCUCGGACAUGUACAGCGAAGCAUGCCGACACGGUGGGAUACUCUCAAACACAUUCUUCCAGAUCUGGUAUGCCCGCCAAAUCGCUCCGAAUCAGUAUGGUUUGCCCGGCCGCGCUUCUCGGAAUUGGGGCCCUGAUACCAUUGACGGAGAUUUGUCCCCAGAGGAACUCGCAGCCAAUCGCGCCACAAACCCCGCCGCGUACCAUGCCUUCAAGUAUCGGGAUAACGAAUUCUUUACGAAAACAAAUUUUCGAUUGGAAGAUAUCCAAGUGCCUCUGCUCAGUGUUGCCAAUUGGGGUGGCAUCCUGCUACACCUUAGGGGCAAUGUACGGGCUUUUACCCUAGCCAGCUCGGAAUUCAAGUACCUCAGAUUCAUCGUAGGACGUCAUGAUCUGCCUUUCUAUUCACCCGAGGCAGUCGAAAUUCAAAAGAGCUUUCUCGACGCUUUCUUGAAGGGGAAAGAUAGUCUCGGAUGGGCAGAAAGAGGCAAGAUUCCUGCUAUCAAUAUGGUCAUCCGAAAAGGCAAUGUCGGAUUCAAUGAUCCGAUCGCUGAGGCCACUUUUCUACAAAGGGACGAGGACGAGUGGCCUUUGUCCAGGACAGAGUACACGGAUUUCUUUCUGACCGAGGAUAACAACCUCCAAUUUCGCAAGCCCGAUGCUACUAGGAGCACAGAUCUAAGCUAUGAGGCUUUUGGAGAUGGCAAGACGGCCAUAUCAUUCGACACCGAGCCAUUUUCCCAGGAGCUUGAAAUCACUGGUCAUAUUGUGGCACACUUGAACGUAUCUAUUAGUCAAGGAACGUCGGAGACCGCGCCAUCUGGCAUGGACCUCUUUGUCAGUCUUCGGCAUUUUGCUCCCGAUGGGAAAGAGAUAUUGUACACUGGAUCUGGAGGUGAGGGCGUCCCGGCCACAAAAGGUUCCCUGCGUCUUGCUCUGCGCCAAACGAACCCGCGACACCCUCACCAUCGGCCAUGGCAACCACAUCGAGAUUACACCUCAGCCGAUGUACUACCGGUCGUCUGCGGCGAGAUAUAUUCCGUCGACGUGGAGCUUUGGCCAACAAAUUUAGUUGUGACCGCUGGCAGCAAACUCUCGUUUGAAAUUAGCUCCAAGGACACGGACGGAAGUGGACUUUUCAUGCAUACAGACCCAGAUGAUAGGUUAGUCACCCAUUUCUACAUCCGAAUCUUUGCUCAAAUGUCUAUCCUGGCAGAUCACCUAGUGACCUUCGUGGUUUGA